UUUUUUUAAAUUAUUAAUUAGUCGCUUGUUAGCACUUGAGGCUUGAAUACACAAACAUCUAGCUCUAAGAUGUUUAAAAUAUUUCAAAUAGUUUUCGUAUUUAUAACUGUUUAUUGCACUUUUUGGGUAAAGUGUCAAAAAGAACCACAUUUUCUAGGAAAUCGCUCUAGUAUAGUGCAUCUUUUCGAGUGGACUUGGCGUGAUAUAGCCAAAGAAUGUGAAGAUUUUUUGGGUCCUCAGGGGUAUGGGGGUGUGCAGAUUUCUCCUCCUAAUGAAGUGCGUGAGAUAGAGGGUAAUCCCUGGUGGGCACGUUAUCAGCCACUCUCUUAUAUACUCACUUCCCGUUCGGGUAAUCAAGCUGACUUAAGCAAUAUGAUAGAACGUUGCCAUAAAGCUGGUGUACGCAUUUACGUAGACAUAGUAAUGAAUCAUAUGACUGCUUAUGCUGAGGGCGAUUCUAUUGGCACAGCCGGUUCACGCUGUAAUUACAAUAAACGUACUUAUCCAGCGGUACCCUAUGGUUCCAAUGAUUUUCAUACUCCAUGUAAUAUAAAAAAUUAUCAAAAUGCUUCCGAAGUAAGAAAUUGUCAAUUAAAUACUCUAUUGGAUUUAAAUCAAACUAUACCUCAUGUACGUGACAUGAUUAUCAAUUACAUGAAUAAAUUGGUGGAUUUAGGAGUGGCUGGUUUUCGUAUCGAUGCUGCUAAACAUAUGUGGCCAGCAGAUUUACAGAUUAUUUAUGGCAGAUUAAAACCUUUGAAUGAAAAGUUUGGUUUUACGAAGAAUAGCUGGCCUUAUAUUUAUCAAGAGGUCAUUGAUCUAGGGGGUGAGAGUAUAAAGAAGACCGAAUACUCUCCGUUGGGUGCUGUCACUGAAUUCAGGUACUCUACCGAGAUUGGCAAAAUCUUUCGCGGUAAAAACUCUUUAAAAUACCUCCGUAAUUGGGGUCCUGAAUGGGAGAUGUUGCCCUCCAACGAUGCUUUAGUAUUUGUAGACAAUCAUGAUAACCAAAGAGGACAUGGUGCUGGUGGUGCUGAUAUUUUAACUUUUAAAGAACCAGAACUUUAUAAAAUGGCUGUAACAUUCAUGUUGGCCCAUCCUUAUGGCAAGGUGUCUCGAAUAAUGAGUUCUUAUGCUUUCACCAAUACCGAUCAAGGACCACCUUUAGACAAUAAGGGACAUAUAAAACCUCCUACAUUCCUUAAAAACCAGCUUUGUGAUGUUGAGAACUCCGGCUGGAUAUGUGAACAUAGAUGGCCGGAGGUUAAGGAAAUGGUAAAGUUCCGCAAUUUUGUGUUGGGUGAAGCUUUAGAGAAUUGGUGGGAAAAUGGUGAAAAUCAAAUAGCUUUUUCAAGAGGUCAUAAGGGUUUUGUGGUGUUUAAUAUGGAGAUGCAGAAAGAAUUGAAGGCUGCCAUACAAACUGGUUUGCCUCAGGGAGUGUAUUGUGAUAUAUUAACCGGGGUAAAGGAGAAUAAUGUUUGCACUGGUGGUCACAUAGAGGUGGGUCAAGAUGGCAAGGCUUUAGUGCAAUUAGCUAAAGGACCUAAGGCUUUAGCUGUGUAUUUAAAAGCUAAAAUUUAAUUUUAAUGUAUUAUAAGGUUUUGCAAAUAAAAAUAUAUGGUGGCUAGAUAAA